AUGUUCCUCAUUAAUAUCUACGGUGUCUAUAACUAUGAAUUUCCAGUAAACUGCGGUAAAUCGCACGCAAAGGGUGUGCAAAUCGGGGCCACAAUAAUAGGUGGAAGCGAUGCGUUGGUGGGAGAGCACCCGUGGCAGGUCAUCGUGUCGGCCGCCAACGAGACUAACCCCGACGCCAGAGAUUUCUGCGGCGGGACUAUAAUCGACGACCGAUGGAUACUUACGGCUUCUCAUUGCGUUGAACACAUCAAAGAUGUGACCAAUUAUUACAUAAGGCUAGGCGUUCACAACCGCACCGCUCGUGAGCCCACCGAAGUUGAUAUUAAAGUUAACAAGGUAAUUCUAAACCCCGGUUGGGUGGGUCCGCCCAUAUAUAACAAUGAUAUAGCGCUAAUUAAAUUGAACGAUGCCAUCGAUUUUAUUGGUAAACACAAACAUCUAGAGCCCAUCUGUUUGGCCACCAAUACUACCAAAGUUACCGAUAAUUGCAUUACAAUUGGUUUCGGUUACACAAAGACAAAUAACACCGAUAAGGCAAUAAUACUACAGAAAGUGAAUGAACCACUAUUUGAUUCAAAACAAUGCGCGCAAGUAUGGGAUGGUAUCUAUAAUGAGACGACCGAGAUAUGCGCUGGCGGUACACCGACUGGAGGGACCGGGGUCAUUUUUGGUGACUCCGGUGGACCCCUUCUCUGUGAGGCCAGUGAUGGCAAGUGGUAUGAGUUGGGAGUCCUAUCGUUUUGUUCGGCACAUUCGGCCACUCCUAACAUUCCCGAC